AUGUUCAAAUUCCUAAUAAUUCUAAUCUUUCUAAUAAUCAAAACCCAUUCAUGGACUUGGAAGGAUUAUCCAUCCCCUAGAGGAACAACUUAUUGGAAAUGUGGUGUUUUAAAGCCAACAUAUGUUUGUGAUCCUGAUGGAGUGUUAACUGAUCAACAAAGGAAGGAAAUCGUUGAUUUAGUUGAAGAUUUUAAGGAAAAAACCAAAAGGCCAAACUCUAAAGAUCCAUGUAUGAGGGAAGGACUUAGACUUAUUGUAGCCUUAGCGACAGAUAGAAUUGGUAUUGUUAAUGGUUCCUCUGUAUUAACGCAAUUGUGCCACAAAAAUUGGACAUCAUCUGGUAGAAAAGUUUCAGUAUGCGAUUCAGUUGUACAUGGAAUUGAGUUAAAUACAGAUAAUAUUCGUUAUUGUUAUUCAUCACGUUGGGUUAUGAUCCUUGGUGAGGAAGAAUAUGAAAAGCUCGGCAAAGCUGAGAAAUAUCAACUCACCAAUAAAAACUAUUUUUAUGCAUUAAAGAGUUAUAUUAACAACUUGCGGAUGCUUUACAUAAACCGCUUCUCAAUUUUCGAUGAUUACGCUUCAAAUGAGGAAAAUAUAACACUAUUACAAUUGCACCUUUCAUUGCAAGAUACUAACAGAAAAUUAUCAGAAUUGCAACAAAUACAAGGCAAAAUGUUUAUUGGAAAAAAUAUAACUACUACGUCCUCAAAAUUUAUUGUUAUAUUUUCUAAUAAUUUAUUAGGGCUAAUAUCAAUUAUAAUUUCUUUAAUUAUUGGCAUGGUGCUAUUUUAUCGAAUGCGUCAAUUCGAAAAUUAUUUUACUCAAAGGAAUACUUCAAAAACUGAAAUCCAGUUAAUGACACCAUUACAACCUGUUGAAAUUGUUGAAAAAAGGAGGGAAAAUGAAGGAAGCGAGGAAGCGACAAAACCUUUAUUAAAAGAUUAA